AUGGGUAGGCCACCGUGUUGCGAGGAGACUGGUGUGAAGAAAGGGCCUUGGAUGCCCGAAGAAGAUGAGAAGCUUUUCAAUUGUAUCAGCAAACAUGGCAGCGGAAAUUGGAAAACAGUUCCAAAGCAAGCGGGCCUUAAUAGAUGCGGCAAAAGCUGCAGGCUAAGAUGGACCAAUUAUCUCAGGCCUGAUAUCAAGAGAGGCAAAUUCACUGAAGAAGAGGAGAAAUUGAUCAUCAAACUUCACUCUGUUCUUGGAAACAAGUGGUCGAAGAUUGCAACGCAUCUUCCAGGGAGGACUGACAACGAGAUUAAGAAUCUCUGGAACACCAACUUAAGGAAGAAGCUUCUCCAGAUGGGUAUUGAUCCAGAAACUCACAAGCCAAGAACUGACUUGAAGCAUCUCUUGAACCUCUCGCAAUUUCUUGGCGUGGCUAAUAAUAACUUGACGAGCCAUUGGGGCCAUGCGGGUCUGGGUUUACAGCAACCAGAUGUGACUCAUCAGUUGGUCCAAAUCCAACUUCUGCAGAAUCUGUUGCAGCUUAUGAAUGGCAGUUCAUCGUUGCUCAGUAACAUGCAGAGUAGUCUCGCACUCUUGGGCAAUCACAGUUUGAUCAGUAACCCAGUGGAAGCAGAUACAAAUGGUCCAAACAGUACUCUCCCCAACAACUUGAGAGAU